AUGAUGGCCAUCCCCAGCAAGCGCAAAUAUCUUCAAUACAAAAUUGGCAAACUAAAUUCAGAGCUUCUGCAAAAUUUACCUACCAAAAAAUUGAAGAAAAAAAAGAAAAAAGGAUCUUACAGUUUUUUUGAGGGGGAAGACGAAGACGAGGGGGAGGAGGAACAGGAGAACGAGCAGGAUGAGCAGCAGCAGAAGGAGGAGGAGGGAGAUCCCCCUUCCGACGCAACGAUGGACAACCAUAUUUCCCAUCAUAACAAAGGGACCCAUUACGGGGGGGAAGACCAUCACCCCGAUGAGUUUCCAAAUUGCGUCAAUUCUGACUGUCACAUGAGUAACGAUGCUUCUGCAGAGCCUGAUUACCUUGGGCAGUUUAUGAAUGGCUCGGGGGAGAAGGCCCGGGCACAGACACAGCGGAGCAAUUGGAGCAACUGGAACAGUUGGAGCGGCGCGUUUAAGAAGAAGGAGGUUUCCUCUACCGACCAAGUGACCCUGCCCCUGCAGCAGUUGCAAGAUAGCCAAUACGUCGGGUACAUCCAAAUAGGCAACCCGCCGCAAACGAUCAGACCCAUUUUUGACACCGGGAGCACGAACAUCUGGGUCGUGAGCACCAAGUGCAAGGAUGACACCUGUCUGAAGGUGCACCGGUACAACUACAAGUUGUCUAGGAGCUUCCGCUACUACAAGCCGCACACGAAUCUGGACAUCAUGUUCGGCACGGGAAUAAUCCAAGGCGUGAUCGGCGUGGAAACCUUCCGCAUAGGGCCCUUCAAGGUGUUCAACCAACCCUUCGGACUCGUAAAGCGCGAGAAAAGGAGCGAAGCAAAAUCAAACGUCUUCGAAAGAAUCAACUUCGAAGGCAUAGUCGGGUUGGCAUUCCCAGCAAUGCUAUCCACAGGAAAAACAACCAUCUAUGAAAACCUAAUGAACACUUAUAAGUUCAGCCAUAACGAGUUCUCUAUAUACAUAGGAAAGGACAACAAGCACUCAGCUUUAAUCUUCGGAGGAGUGGAGAGACGCUUUUUCGAGGGAGACAUUUACAUGUUCCCAGUGGUGAGGGAAUACUACUGGGAAAUACAAUUUGAUGGACUGUACAUCGAUCACCAGAAAUUUUGUUGCGACUCUAGUUCUAUUGUGUACGAUAUGAGGAAGAAAAAGAAAAAAUGGAAAGUGCAGAGAAAUUCCUUUGCGAGGAAAUACUUGAAAAAAAAAACGGACUUGAGGGACAUGUCCAGGGUGUGGCACCACCGUCGGGAAGGCGCAGAAGAAGACUCAGAGGAGGAAGACCCAUCGGGGGAAAACCUCUCCGGGGAAAGCCUCUCUGGGGAGGACAAACAUGGAGAGCGUUCCACCGGGGGCGAAGUGAACCCGUAUGGCGCUCACCCGGAAAGGCGCGGUAAAGGGGCACACCGCCGACGGCGCAGGCGACACAGGUGGAGAAGACACCGCAGCAGAGUCAACCGGCGAGGCAAGGACGAGAAAUUAAAGAAAAACCAAAACUACCUCAUCUUCGAUUCUGGGACCUCCUUCAAUAGUGUCCCCAAGUCGGAGAUCGGGUACUUCUUCAAGGUCGUCCCGCCGAAGAAAUGUGACGACAGCAACAUAGACGAAGUAGUGGCGAGUUACCCCAACCUGACCUACGUCAUUAACAACAUGCCCUUUACGCUGACGCCGGCGCAGUACCUGGUCCGGAAGUCCGACAUGUGCAAGCCGGCGUUCAUGGAAAUCGAGGUUUCGCCUGAAUAUGGCCACGCGUACAUUUUGGGGAACGCGACCUUCAUGCGAUACUACUACACCGUUUACCGGCGCGGUGAUGGGCGCAAGGGCUCCUACGUGGGCAUUGCCAAGGCAGUGCACGCGGAAGACAAUGAGGAGUACCUGACUGCCCUGCAGAGAAAGAUGAACCCGGUGGGGUAG